CUCUCUUUUCUGCCAAGUUCAAGAAGAAGAAGAAGAAGAAGAAGCAGAGCAAGAAGAGACUGCCAUUUCUCAGCUUCUCUCUCUCUCUCUCUCUCUCGAUUGAGCAAGUGAUGCAGGGAUUCGCCGGCGGAGGAGACGGCGGCGGCGCCGAGCUCGCCCACCUCCAGUCCACCCUGCGCGCCAUCGAAGCCGCCUGCACCGCCAUUCAGAUGCAUCAAAACCCAGCAGCAGCUGAAGCUACUAUAUUGUCUCUGUCUCGAUCGCCUCAACCAUACAAGGCGUGCCAAUUUAUUCUGGAAAACUCUCAGGUGGCAAAUGCGAGGUUUCAGGCUGCUGGAGCAAUACGAGAUGCAGCUAUCAGAGAAUGGGCUUUUCUCACUGCUGAGGACAGGAGAAGCUUGGUUAGUUUUUGUCUUGGCUUUGCUAUGCAACAUGCGGGUUCACCUGAGGGCUAUGUCCUAGUCAAGGUUUCAUCAGUGGCUGCUCAGUUGCUUAAAAGAGGCUGGCAUGAUUUCUCAACAGCUGAGCAAGAGACGUUUUUUCACCAGAUUAAGCAGGCUUCUCUUGGGAUUCAUGGUAUACAUGUGCAGUUUAUAGGGAUCAAUUUUUUGGAAUCCUUGGUGUCAGAGUUUUCUCCUUCUACAUUGAGUGCUAUGGGCCUUCCUAGGGAGUUCCAUGAUCUAUGCCGCAGGUCGCUAGAGCUGGACUAUUUGAAGGUGUUCUAUUGUUGGACACGCGAUGCUGCUCUAAGCGUUGCAAACAAAAUAACUGAGUCUGACUCUGCAGUAAAUGAGGUUAAAGUUUGUACAGCUGCACUUCGUCUCAUUCUCCAAAUUCUGAAUUGGGAAUUCCAAUGCAACUCAAAUGGCAAAAAAGGGGUGAAUGUUUUCUCAAGUGGAAUUAGACAUGAUACUGCAUUGUCCAGCAGGGCUGAGUGCAUCUUAGUGCAGCCUGGUCCUGGAUGGCGUGACAUCUUAAUUUCAAGUGGAGAUAUUGUUUGGCUGUUGAACUUAUACACAGCUCUUAGACUGAAGUGUUCCCAUGAAGGUUUUUCGAUAGACUGCCCAAUUGCAGUUUCUGCUCGAAAGCUUAUUCUCCAGUACUGUUCUUUGACAGGCACGAUAUUUCCUUCAGACAAUGGACAACUGCAGGAGCAUCAUCUGCUACAACUGCUUUCAGGGAUUAUACCAUGGAUGGACCCACCAGAUCUUGUUUCAAAACAGAUUGAAUGUGGAAAGAGUGAAAGUGAGAUGCUUGAUGGUUGCCGGGCACUGUUGGCUAUGGCAACUGUAACAAGUCCAACUAUGUUUAACCAACUCCUUAAAUCAAUUAGGCCAUUUGGUACCUUUACCCUGUUAUCUACCUUGAUGUGCGAAGUCAUAAAAGUCCUCAUGACAAAGGACCCUGAUGAGGAAACAUGGAGCUGGGAGGCACGUGAUAUCUUACUAGAUACCUGGACUGCGCUGCUCAUGCCACUGGAUAGUGCUGGUGGGAUUGUACUGCUUCCACCUGAAGGUGUUGAUGCUGCGGCCACCCUCUUCGCAUACAUUGUAGAAUCUGAGCUAAAAGCUGCUUCUGCUUCUGCGUUCAAUGACGAUGCUGACUCAGACUAUCUUCAUACUUCCAUUUCUGCAAUGGAUGAAAGGCUAAGCUCUUAUGCUCUUAUUGGAAGGGCCGCUAUUGAUGUUGCAAUACCUUUGCUCACAAGACAUUGCACUGAACGGUUUUCACGUCUGCAUCAGGGCGGGGGCUCUUUCGAUCCAACUGAAACCUUGGAAGAACUCUACUCUUUGUUACUAAUAACGGGUCAUGUACUUGCUGAUGAAGGCGAAGGAGAGACACCCCUGGUUCCAAUUGCUAUACAAAGGCAUAUUGCGGACUUUGUGGAACCAGAUAAAAAUCCUGUUGUCAUCCUUUGUAGCUCAAUCAUCAGGUUUGCUGAACAAAGCUUCAAUCCGGAAAGUAGAUCAUCAUAUUUCAGUCCUCGACUUAUGGAGGCUAUAAUAUGGUUCCUUGCAAGAUGGUCCCAAACUUAUCUAAUGUCACCGGAAGAAUCUCAAGACAGCAGUUACAGUUCAAAAGCUGAUAAUAGGCACCAAGUGCAGUCAACAGGUUCUGGGCGAACUGUACUCAGAUAUUUCAAUGAGUAUGAUCAUGGCAAGACUGUGCUUGACAUCAUUAUCCGGGUAGCCAUAGCAACAUUCAUGUACUAUCCAGGGGAGAAGUUUUUGCAGGGCCUGACCUGUUACCAGCUGCUUCAUGCACUAGUUAGGCAAAAGAACAUAUGCAUCCACCUUGUAACGCUGGAAUCCUGGAGCAAGCUGGCUAUUGCUUUUGCUAAUGAGAAAAUGCUGUUUAUGUUGAAUGGAUCUCACCAGAAAUCCUUGGCUCAAACACUUGUUCUUUCUGCAACUGGCUUUAGAGAUUCUGAGUCAGCAAAUCAGUAUGUGAGAAAUCUUAUGGGGCAUAUGACAACACACCUAGUAGAGAUAUCCUCCAAGAAUGACUUCAAAAGAGUUGCUGAACAGCCAGAUAUUAUCCUGUCGGUUACUUGCCUGUUGGAACGGCUUCGUGGAGCUGCCAGUGCAUCGGAACCUCGAAUGCAGAAGUCCAUUUAUGAGAUGGGGUUUUCAAUAUUAAAUUCUACUUUGAUUCUUCUUGAAGUUUAUAAGCAUGAGUCUGCAGUUAUUUAUUUGCUGCUCAAGUUUGUUGUUGAAUGGGUGGAGGGACAAAUUACCUACCUUGAAGCACAAGAGACCACAGUUGUUAUUGAUUACUGCAUGCGCUUACUUCAACUUUACUCAUCUCACAAUAUUGGCAAGAUUUCUUUAAGUCUGUCAAGCAGCUUACUCAGUGAUGCAAAAACAGAGAAAUACAAAGAUCUGCGUGCUCUGCUUCAACUCCUUUCUAGCCUUUGUUCAAAAGAUCUGGUUGAUUUUUCAUCGGAUUCUUUGGAAGCCCAUGGAACAAGCAUAUCUCAGGUUGUCUUCUAUGGUCUUCACAUAGUCACUCCUCUGAUAUCUUUGGAGCUGCUGAAGUACCCCAAGCUUUGUCGUGAUUACUUCUCCUUGCUGUCACAUAUGUUGGAAGUAUAUCCUGAAAUGGUGGGACAACUAAACAAAGAAGCCUUUAGUCAUAUUCUUGAGACUCUUGAAUUUGGUCUGCAUCAUCAGGAUUCGGAAGUGGUUAACAUGUGUCUGAGAGCUCUUCGAGCACUUGCUUCCUACCACUACAAGGAAACAGCUAGUGGGAAGAUGGGCUUGGGAUCACAUGCCUCGAGUCUUAGAAAUCCAAAGGGCGAACUACAGGAAGGCAUUUUUAGUCGGUUCCUCCGUACAACAUUGCAGUUACUUCUUUUUGAGGAUUAUAGUCCCGAUCUAGUUGGUGCUGCUGCAGAUGCGCUCUUUCCCUUGAUACUCUGUGAGCAAGGCCUAUACCAGAAACUAGGCAAUGAGUUGAUAGAGAGGCAGGCGAAUCAAACAUUUAAAUCAAGGCUGACAAAUGCAUUGCAAUCUCUCACAAGUUCGAAUCAGCUUUCGUGCACACUCGAUCGGAUGAACUACCAAAGGUUUAGGAAGAACCUGACCAACUUCCUGAUUGAAGUUCGUGGGUUCUUGAGGAUAGUGUGAUGAGUGCAGCAAGGUGUUAAUCUCGUGUGUGGUGAGCGCUGUGGAUGAUGGAAGUUGCGGCUCCGAGAGAAGCUAUAGUUUUUUGAAGUGGACAGCCUUCGUCGACACAUUCAUUGGCGUGUGCAUAGACACAAAGACAUACCUGCACAUGAAGAACACAUG